AUGAGGGCGCUGGUGCGGGCCUGCGCGUGUGGAGGGCAGGGCCUGGGCCCGUCGGUGCCGGCGGGGCCCCGGCGGGCUCGGGUCGGGCACUGCCCCGACGCCCGGACGCGGGAACGGCCGCCCUGGAGGCUGCUCUUCUUCGGCACCGACCGCUUCGCCCGAGACGCCCUGCGGGCCCUGAGCCGCGCCAGGCUGAAUGAAGAAGACCAGCUGAUCGAGAAACUGGAGGUGGUCACGUUGCCCUCCUGCUUGCCCAAGGGACUGCCGGUGAAAAACUACGCGGUCCAAGCCCAGCUUCCAGUCCACGAGUGGCCCAGCGUGGGCUCGGGGGAGUUCGACGUGGGAGUCGUGGCUUCCUUUGGCCGCCUUCUCAGCGAGGACCUCAUUCUGCGGUUCCCAUACGGCGUUUUGAACGUGCAUCCCAGUUACCUCCCGAGGUGGCGUGGGCCCGCCCCCGUCAUCCACACCAUUCUCCACGGAGAUGCAGUCACCGGCGUGACCAUUAUGCAGAUAAAACCUAAAAGGUUUGACGUCGGUCCGAUUGUCAAGCAGGAAUCCAUCGCUGUCCCUCCCCUGUGCACAGCCAAGGACCUGGAAGCCAUAUUGUCGAAGUUGGGGGCUACCAUGCUCCUUUCGGUUUUGAGAAACUUGCCUGAAAGUUUAAACAAUAAAAGGCCUCAGCCAAAAGAUGGAGUGACGCUGGCGCCGAAGAUCUCCGCAGCCCUGAGGUGCAUAAACUGGGAAGAGCAGACCCCGGAGCAGAUUUUGCGGCUGCAGCGGGCCGUCGGCUGCAUCAUGCCACUGCAGACGGUCUGGAUGGACAGUACCGUCAAACUUCUGGAUUUGGUGGAUGUCCGCAAUAGCCCAGCUCUCGCCGAUCAGAAAUCAUCAGGACAGGAUGUCCUUCCAGGAUCCCUGACGUAUCACAAGCCGUCACAGACAUUGCUAGUUCGUUGCAAGGACGGCUGGGUCGGCGUCCGGGCCGUGAUCCUCAAGAAGAAGCUGACGGCCGCCGACUUCUACAACGGAUACCUGCACCCGUGGUUCCAGCAGAAUCCCCGGGCCCAGCCCGGGGCCUGCCGGUUCCGGACCCUCAAACUCCAGCCGAAGCAGAGGCAGCGGGGAGAACCACAGUUGUUGCUGUGUAACGGUGCGCUGAGUAUAUAGGGGGGGGGAAAAAACAGCCCCUCACGCACGUGACUUCCUGGAAACCUCAUUCCAAGGUGUUCGGUGAACGUCGGCAGACUCUUGGGACCCAGACCCCGUCGAUUUCCAGUCGGAUCCGUUCGCUAAUUUGUUUUUACGACGGUAACAUUUUAGCCCUUAAAACAACCCGGCCCGCUUUCACAGGAACGAAGGACAGUAUUUGUGUGAUUAAGCAGGAAAUAAACCUAUUUUUAUAUAAAAGGGA